UUUUCUUGAAAAUCUGCUGCUGCUGCUGCGAACAGGCGAACAGCGAAAGUACAACAUGGAGUUGAUUUAAAAACAACAUAAGAAGCAGACCGUCCCGGGCACCCCGGUCUUAAAGAGCGGACAAUGUCUGUCUGUUCGUGUCGCUUGAUGUAGGAUUCCCGUGUGCUUUUAAACAUAUCAGCGUAUUGAGAUGAUCUAUUUUUGCGAUGGCGAAGGGUCUGCUUCCACGAGCCUGGGUGAAAAAGUCAUUCUUCUUUCAGGCUCGGAUCUCUUUUGUGCGGGUGAAGUACCUGUUCCUCACGUGGCUGACUGUGCUUGUGGGCAGCUGGGUGCUCUACGUGCAGUACUCUACCUACACAGAGCUCUGCAGAGGACAUGAGUGCAAGAACGCCAUUUGUGAUAAAUACAGGAGAGGAAUCAUCGACGGCUCGGCCUGCACCAGUCUGUGUGACAAAGAAACACUUUACCUGGGCAGGUGUCUGUCAACCCUAACAAAUAACCAGGUGUACACAGGAGCCUGGGGGGAGCACAGUGGGAUAAUCCACUGCAGUCUGGGGGAGGUGGUGCACUACGAGCUGGGAGAAGAACCAGAGCCACGAAGAGAAACCCUUAUGUUUGACAAACCUACUAGAGGCACCUCAGUGGAGAAGUUCAAAGAGAUGGUCUUCAAUCACCUCAAGUCCAAGCUUGGAGAGCAUGCCAACCUUGCUAGCCUUGUGAGUCAGAUCCUGUCUGUCGCCGACGGCAACAGAGAUGGACGGGUCUCAUUACCAGAGGCCCGCUCAACAUGGGCCCUACUGCAAAUGGAUGAGGUCCUGCUGGGCCUGCUGCUCCAGGACCGUGGACACACUCCUCGCCUUCUUGGCUUUUGUGGAGACCUGUAUAUGACGGAGCGGGUCCCCUAUGGGCCUCUGUACGGGUUCUCACUGCCCUGGCCUCUUGUUUCCUGGGUGCCCGGUCGUUUGCAGCGCACCAUGGACCAGUGGUUCACCCCGUCGUGGCCACGCAAAGUUAAAAUUUCCAUGGGGCUGCUGGAGCUCGUGGAGGACAUCUUCCACGGCACCUAUGGCAGCUUCCUGAUCUGUGACUUUGCUGCAGCUCACUUUGGAUACACCGACCGCCACGAGCUCCGUCUGACCAACACACGAGUGAUGGUUCCUGAAAACGAGUUCAGACGCAGCGUGCGAGUCUUGAAGUGCGAGUCGGAUGCCGACUGCGUGUAUGGCGUGGACUGCAGGACAUCGUGCGACUUGUUGGAGAAACGGUGCAGGGAGGAGACCGUCCAGCCAAACUUGGCCAAGGCGUGCAGGACACUGAAGGACUACUUGCUGCGUGGGGCGCCUUCUGAGAUGAGAGAGGAACUGGAGCGGCAGCUGUACGCCUGCAUGGCUCUCAGGGGUAACGCUGGACAGAUGAACAUAGAGCACUCACUUAUCCUCAACAACCUGAAAGCUCUGCUGUGGAGACAGAUCUCACACACCAAGGAUUCGUGACGAGGAGACGAUGUCCCCCUGAUAUCAUGCUAAUCCUUCAGGUAGAGCUGAAAGCAAAAGAUGCUGUGAUUACUGGUUAAUGAAGUUACUUAUGUCAACUUCUAACUAAAGAUGGUGGUCCUACCUCCUCUACUCUAAUCCAUAAGUUUAGGGCCUAAAAAUCAUCUUGUACUUUUAUAAGAAUUUUACUGUACGUUCAUUAAUCUUUUCUAAAACUAUUC